AUGUCAAAUCGACUCAGAGUGAAUGAAAACUGUGGUCUGGAGAUUCAAAAUGUCCAGUCUCAGGAUGCUGGACAGUUCUACUGUCAACAAUACGAUACAUCUGUACAAUCAGGACGCCUAGUGCCUGAUGCUCCUGUGUAUCUGUCUGUGGUCUCAGUGACUAAAAAGAACAAUAAGGAGAACGUUCAGUUAAGAUGUAAUGUGUCCUCCUUUUUCUCUGAUGUCAAAACAAAAUGGCAGUUCAACGGCCGAGAUGUCAAUAAUCUAACAUUAAUCACAACAGACCGUCGAGAUGCCACCAGUGUCACAGUUCCAAAAUCACAUUUCUAUUACAAAGACGUGGAUCUGUUCAAAUGUGAAGUGUCUCAUGGAGUGAACAAGAAGAUCUUCUCUCUCAGAUCCAACAAACCAGAGGAAGCUCAAACUACAGCCUCUCCACAGAACAAGAGCACAUAUGGAGGUUGGCUGUGGGCAGUGAGGGCGGCUGUAGCUGCAGUACUUCUCACUGUGGUGGCCCUGGUCACACGGUGGAGAGUCAGAGUGAAGUCUGCGGACACCGGAAACGACCCCCCUGUUGAACCUGAAGAGGGAGUGUCCUACGCCACCGUCAGCUACAAGAGGAACAACCAGAGAAAUGAGGUCAGACCGAGUGAGGAGGCAAUGAUCUACAGCUCAGUGAGGAACACCACUGUGGAGGACCCUGCUCAGCUCUACGCCACCGUCAAGAAAUAAACAAACAACCAAGACACGAAAAACUAAUACACCAGCAACUAAACA